UCCACUGCCCCCUCAGUCACUUUUAAUGUCUUCUUGUUGCCAAACAAAUACAAUAUAAAUUCCUAAUCCUGGUAUUAAAAUCCUUCCACAAUCUGGCAAUAACCUAGCUGUUAAGCUUCCUUUCAUCCUACAUUCCUGCUUGUAUUCUGUGUUUCAAAUGCACUAGACUACUCUCCACUGCCCUUUUAUAUCUUUCCUCUUAUCCAUGUUGCCUUGUACUAUGCUCCAUACCUGGAAUAGCCACUUCCCAUCUAUUGAUGUGUUCCUUAUUUCAUGCCCAAUUUAGAUUCUUCCUCCAAAAUGAAACUUUCCCUGAUCGUCUCCUCCAAAUGAUCUCAGUCUCUUACAGCACUUUGUUUAGAACUCUACUUUGCACUUAUGUCACUUUCUCCUGUUAUUAUAGGAUUUCAUUAUUUGUGUACUCAUCCAUUAGAGUAUAAGCUUUUAGAAAGCAGAGUCUGUGUCAUACCUUUCUUUAUUUCCCCACACACCUGAAUGCCUCAAAUACAGUAAGUAGGCUCUUAAUAAAUAUUAGUCAAAUUGAAUUCAAAUUGCAAAGGACAUAAAUGUCUUUCAUAGUGUCUUUAAAUUAGUGACCUAAGUAACUCUGGAGCCUGCCUUAUAGCUGUUAUGGACUUUAUGUCUUAGUUUUAGUUCUCACAUUGAUCUGUCACAGGAUUGGUCAUCACAGUGAUCUGAGCAAAUGGACCAGGGUGGCAAGCAGUUAAGAAGGGGAGAAAGAAGAAACAGCAAUUUUCCAGCAGCAAGGAAGGGGAAAGAAAAAAAGACUGGUGGUAAAACUUCUGUAGACAUGGCUAGUUCUGACAUGAAACCAAAAUCAAUAAGUCGUGCCAAAAAAUGGUCAGAUGAAAUAGAGAAUCUGUACAGAUUUCAGCAAGCAGGAUAUCGGGACGAAAUUGAAUAUAAACAAGUGAAGCAAGUCGCUAUGGUAGAUCGUUGGCCAGAGACAGGCUAUGUGAAGAAACUUCAGAGAAGAGAUAAUACUUUCUAUUACUACAAUAAACAGAGGGAAUGUGAAGACAAGGAGGUUCAUAAAGUAAAAAUUUAUGCUUAUUAGCAUUUCUUCCUUGUGUGAAUUGUUAUUUAUUUUAAAAAAAACCCUGAGUUUCAUGAAAUAACAUGUAAAAUGUAUGUCACAUCACCAACUGUACUCUUCACCUUAAUGCUUUGUAACAUAAAAAUAAUGAAACUAGCUUUCUUUUAAGCCACCUUGCCCCAUAGUUUAAAGUAUCUGAUAGAUAAAUGAUUAAAUAAAAUGUCAUCUUAUAAAAAUAAAUCAGGGGGAAAUUGGUUAUUUCUCUAUUUUUGGGAUUGAGUUAAAAAGCAAAUAACUUAUUUUUUCAGGGAUGUUGUAAUAUUAAAUCAGCCUCAUUUAUGUUAGAAGGAAUCAUGCUUUUGAAUCAUGUCUGACAUUGCAUAGAAUUUACUUAAGUUUUUG